AUGGCCCCGAAGAUCACCUCACUGAACGAGUUCCUAGUCGAAUUGCCCGCAGAAGUUGUUCUUCACAUUUUUACAUACCUCGACCUUCCGGAUCUUGCUUUGCUUUCCAAGAUUUCUCCUCGCUUGGCUUCCAUAGCUUCAGACCCUGCGUUACACAAGACUCGCCUACGAAUCAUUGCACCCUCUCGUGUUCAACAUUCAUUAUUCGCUCAGGGACCUCAGGGAAUUACUUUGCGACCCACCAUCCCCGAUCUAGUGCGUCGCGGCGUUGUGAGAGGUCUGGGGAUCGAGAGGAGGUGGAGGGAUGGAUCGUAUUUCUAUUCUCAGCGGUCGAUAGUUUUAUACGAAGCGAGUAUCAAGCUCUCCCGUAGGCAUGCAGGACACGCGGUUUCCACGGUCUUGCGAGAGAGACAACGUCAUUUGGCUCAAGCCAUGGCUUCUUCCAAUCUAAAUGUCAUCCAAAUUAGAACGUUGCAAGCUACACAUGGUCAUGUCCUUCCCGAUGUAGAGUUUUCGUCCACUCAGAUAUCGAGAUUGCUUCUCCCCGUGAUGCACAAACUCAAGUGGUCAUUCCAAAGGGACAGACUGGCGAGGGUCAUUAGGGAGAAGGGUCAAGUAUCGGGAGAGGUGGCGAAAUGGAUCAAUGAGAAAGGUAAGGGUAUCUUGCAAGAAGGGGAAAGGGUUAGGUUAGCGUUGUGCCCAGAUAUGAGGAGGAAGGUAGGAAUUUUCGAGAGUUUGAGGAGAUGA